CCCUUAAACGAGUAGAUACGUACGCCAGUGCCCUGUUAAUCGUGUUUUUUUGUGGUGAUACAUUAACGGUAAUAAUUUUGUGCGAAAAUAUUAAGUUUUGUUCGCGUGGCUUGUAUUUUUUGCACGUUUCUUCGUAUUUAUGAGACGGACGCAUAUUCGGACGCUCGAGAACAACGCAUGAGUAAGGAAAUCGAGUGUGAAAAGUGUAAACAACACGGAUAAACCAAUUGCCGGUGUGCUGAGUGAAAUUUACUAUUUAGAAGUCAUGAUCGAUCAUGCUGACAAAACAAUAGAGUUAAUAAAUACGGUCUAAAUAUUGCAUAAUAUUACAAAAAUGCCGCGGGUGAGUAAUAAAAAUGGAGCCAACACUGCUAAGGAUAUAAGAUCCUAUUUUGCGCCAGUCGCAAAUUCCCAGACGAGCAGUAAAUUUGCUCCGAAACCUAAGAAAAAACGUGUGAUCUCAUCAGACGAAGAUGAAGAGAAACCACAAUCAUCUGCGAAGCGCUCUAAGGAAUCUGAGUUUCACAAUGAUGCUGACUUUGAAGCUGUGCUGAGUAAAUUGGAUAUGUCCCAGAAUAUACAGAACACAAAGGAAGAAAAAGGUAGCAUUAAAAAUGCAGAUAUCUCGGGCAAUCUUGAAACAACAGUAACAAAAACAGAAGUAGGCCAUAAUAAUAGCAAGAAAGGAAAACGCAAGAGUUUCUCAUUACAUAAUGAGAUAAAUAAAGGGAAAUUACAUAAUGAGACAAAUAAAACAAACAAAUUAAAAACUAAGGAGGUGAAAUCUCCCAAUAAAGAUAUUAAUACAUAUUCAAAGACUGUUAUAAGUUCUCCUCCAAAACGGAAGCAGCAAAGUGAGGGGAAAGUUGGUUUUGGUUCAAAUGAAAGCCCAAAUACAAACGAUAAGCAUACUGAUAAUGUGUCCAAAAAGUUCAAGAAUAUGCCAAAUAUCACUACUUCUGCUUCAAAACAUGAAGAUAUCGAGAAACAAUCAUCGAAUAAGAAGAAAGCUAAAGAAACGGUUCUCUUUGAGUUAAGAAUAGAAAUGAAAAAACAACGUUCCAUACUAUAUGAGAAGUAUCUUCAGAGAGGCGGCGCCAGAAAUCCUGGUUCAAAGACGAUUCCUACAGGCGCUAAGAACUGUUUAGCUGGUUUAAGCUUCUUGCUCACAGGCGUCUUGGAUUCCUUAGAAAGGAAUGAAGCCGAAGAUUUAAUACGGAAUUACGGGGGCCGAACGGUAAACUCUGUAUCAAGUAAAGUGAACUACGUCAUAGUGGGAGAUGAAGCUGGUCCGGCUAAAUUGGCAAAGGCUAACAGUUUAGGUAUCGAGCAAAUAUCCGAGGACAAUCUCUUAGAAAUGAUACGUACGAGACCGGAAGGCAGAGCUGAAGAUAUCAAGCCAGCCACGACAAGAGCAAAGCCAAAAAAGGUAUUGAACAAGUCUGAAAGUGAUACAUCGCCAUCGCCGAGCGAAACGAAAGCACUGUCGUCAUUGAUGAACAAAACGAAAGCACUGUCAUCGCCGUCACCGGUCAAAACCGAAGUACCAGUAGUUUCACUUAAGAAAGAAACUUCCACAAUUUCAUCGUCAGUACCGAAGCAGGAGUCAAAUAUAAGUGAUGGAUCGCAGAAGACAAUUACAAAUAUCAGCUCACAACUGUUGGUCGAAAAGUACAGACCUAAAACUUUGAAACAAAUCAUAGGCCAGCAAGGAGACAGGAGCUCCGCGCACAAUUUGUACAAUUGGCUGCGCGAUUGGCACAAGAAUCGCCAGGAUUCAAAAUCCAAAGAUGCCUCGAGCAAGCAAAGCAGCGGGCAGAAUUUCAAAGCAGCCUUGCUGUCUGGUCCACCAGGCGUUGGUAAAACAUCGACUGUACAGAUCGUUUGCAAAGAUUUGGGGUACGAUCUCUUAGAGUUCAACGCUUCCGACACGAGAAGCAAAACGCUCCUGAAAGAAGAGAUCUCGGGACUGUUGUCGAACACCACAUUGAAACAUUACUUCGCAGACAACAACCAAAAGACCACGAGCAAGCACGUAUUGGUGAUGGACGAAGUCGACGGUAUGGCUGGCAACGAGGAUCGCGGUGGCUUGCAGGAGUUGGUUAAUUUGAUCAAACAUACCGAGAUACCGAUUAUCUGCAUAUGCAACGACCGAUCUAACGUGAAAAUGAGGACCCUCUCCUGCCACAGUUACGAUCUGAAGUUUCCGAAACUCCGAGUGGAGCAGAUCAGAAGCUCGAUGAUGUCCCUGUGCUAUAAAGAGAACAUCAGCAUCUCGACUGACGAUCUCGAUCAGCUGAUCGAGUCGACGAAUCACGACAUUCGACAAGUGAUCAAUCACUUGGAGUUCUUCGGCGGGAGGACGACGCGCGGCGGACAGGCGGCCGGCAAAAAGCACGCCAACAAGAACUUCAAACUCGGCGCGUUCGACGUCGCGAAGAUGGUCUUUAAUGCAUCGCAGCAGAGGGACACCACUCUGAACGACAAGAUCGGCCUGUAUUUCCACGAUUAUAACAUAGCGCCUCUUUUCGUGCAAGAAAAUUAUCCCGCCGUCAAACUGUCACAAGUGUCACCUCUUCAGAGGCUAGAGAGGAUCGCUCGCACGGCCGACAGUAUAUCGCAGGGGGACCUCGUCGAGAAAGUGAUGAGGAGCGGCAUGACGUGGAGUCUGCUGCCGUUGCACGCCUGUUUCUCCUUUAUUAUACCGGGCAGUGAAAUGUCGGGGAGUCUUGACGCGAUGGUGCGGUUCCCCGGCUGGUUCGGACGGAAUUCGAAAGCUACGAGAUUCAAUAGGCUGAUGCAAGAGUUAACGACGCACACGCGAUUAGCCACGGGCGCGAGCAAAGACGCCGUAAAUUUAGAUUACAUGCUCCACAUACGGAACGCGGUUGUGAAGCCUUUGAUAGACAACGGCACGGACGGUAUAGAAGCGGCGAUUGCCGUCAUGGGAAAAUAUCAUCUAAUGAGGGAGGACUUGGAUUCGAUGAUGGAAAUCACCCUCUGGCCAGGUGUUCGUAAUUCCAUGAGUAAUCUUGACAGCAAGGUGAAAGCAGCGUUUACUAGGGCGUAUCAGAAGAAUCCUCCAAUGUUGCCGUAUGCAGUUAACAGUGGUAGUACAGUAAAGAAAAAAUCUGUGCGAGAUGAUGACAAUGAUUUAGUGGAUGAGGAAGAAUCCGAAGAGGAGGAAGGCAAGAUCGAUUCUGACGCAAUGAUUAAGAUAAAGAAACCUACUGCCUCCACCAGCAAGACUGCUGCAGUAACCAAGAGAACCGGCGAACCAGUUAAGAAGCGCGGAAAGAGACGUGGAAGAGCAAAAUAAAACAGUAUCGUAUAUUGGAUGGAUGGUUAACAUGCAUACGUAAUAAAUAAAUACUCAAUAAGUAA